CAAAACGUGAAUCGGACGCUAUGGGUUUGUUCCUUUCCAACCUCUUCACUUCCUGUCGAAAAACACCGUGCUUCCCCACCAAUUCUUAUCGGUUUCCUACUUUCCCAUGUCGGCAGCUGAGGGUGAAGAGACCGUCACGUUUAAGCUUAGCCAUGGCAAAAAAGUGUACGAUAUCAGUGUGCCCAAGUCGAACAAUAUCAGUCAAGUGAAGCAGCAGGUAGAGGAGUUGACAGGGGUGCAUGCGCUCAUGCAGAAGCUGCUUUUCAAAGGCAUGCUGAAGGAUGAUAAAACUGUGGAGGAGGCUGGUCUGAAGGAUGGCGUGAAGGUCAUACUCAUGGCAAGCAAAGUGGAAGACAUCGUGAAACUCGCAACAGCAGCAAAAACGACAACGGCUCCAGUAGAUGCAGCCCCCGUCAAACGACUAAGCCUCAGCGAACAAACCGAGCACAAGAAAGUGUUAGACAAAGGGAAACCCCCGAACGCCGAGCCGGGCCUCAAAGGUCGAAAACUUCCCCUCCCAGCAAAUGGACUACGGGAUAUGUUUACGCAACGCGGCGACAAGGUCCGGCUGACGUUCAAGUUGGAGCUGGAUCAGGUGUGGAUUGGGACAAGUGAGAGGACACAGAAAGUCAACAUGAACAGCAUCAAGAACGUGAAAUCCGAGCCGAUCAAAGGACAUGAGGAGUAUCAUAUUCUUGCACUCCAGCUUGGUCCUACCGACAAAUCAAAUUACUACAUAUAUUGGGUGCCGUGUCAAUAUGUCGACAGUGUCAAAGAUGCCAUCUUGGGAUCCUUCGCGUCGUGGCCAUGAAGGAAGCAAAUGAUUGCCGCGCAAGCUCAAUAUUCCGGGUGAGAAACCCCCGGGAAAGUCCUCACCACUUUCUACUGCUGCUGCACAGCUAGCCAGUCUGGCGAAAAUUUUGGAUUCUCAGAUCAUGUAACUCAGUGCUGAAGCUUUGUGAUUGCAUUGCUGCUCGACGGCGGGGACGUCAAGUCAGCGACUACCUGGAGGGAGUUCUGUAUUC